UUAAAGGAUGGUAUUAGAGUUUUCCUUCUUGAUGGACACAACUCUACGAAAGGAUCUGAUAUUGAACUUUGUCAUACGGACUGUAGACUAUUGGAUGCAGGAACUGCUGCAAAUACUUUAAAAAUCUUUACAAGUUUUUUACAAGAUAAUCCGUAUGAAAUAAUUACAAUCUUUUGGGAAAAUUAUGAUAAGAUAGAUCCACUUAAAUACAAAGAUGAGUAUGAUAAAGCGAAUCUGACUCAGUACUGCUUCACACAACCUGUUGGUGAACAAUGGCCUACUUUGUCUACUAUUAUUCAAUCUGGAAAACGGCUUAUUAACUUUAUUGACAGUAAUGCUAAUAUUAAUACCGUCCCAUGGUUAAUACCCGAAUAUUCUUACGUAUUUGAAACACCAUUUGAAAACACUGAUCCUAAUGCAUGGCAAUGUACCGUUGACCGACCAAAAGACCAACCUCAACAAAUGUAUUUGGUGAAUCAUUUCCUCUAUACUAAAUUUAUCUUAUUCGAUCGUAUGGUCGAAACUCCCAAACCUCAAAAUGCCGCGUCAACUAAUAGUGAAAAUCUUGCUAAGCAUGUUCAAAACUGUACUAGUGUUUUUAAUGGAAAAAUCCCAAACUUUGUUGUCGUCGACUUUUACGAUCAGGGUCAAAAUAACGUAAACGUGUUUAGCGUUGUUGCAGAUUUGAAUAAA